CAUUUUUAGCUUCUCUGAGUCUCUGUGUUUCAGACGUACCUCUUGUAAGAUGUGUAUAUAGCUAUGUUGUGCUUUCUGACCCAAUGUGAGAGUCUUUUCCGUUUAAUAGAGAAUUUUAUCCUGUUCGUAAUCAUGAAAAAUGCAGAAAUUAGUGUUCUGUAACAUAAGUUGAGAUAGGCAUUUUACUCACUACUUCACAAGUAUAGAUGGAAAAAAAAACUGUGAAUGAAUUUUCUUGAAAUCCCAGAGCUGGUAAGUGUCAGAGGGGCCUUUGUAUCCACUUGCCUCCACGGCCUCUACACUACUUCUGAGGUCAGUUUUCUCCAGCAGGUAAAACAUCUCCUCUCUGCCAGACUCCCUGUCAUUCUGAGUAUAGAAAAGAGCAGAGACACCUCUUUGAACGUUACAACAUCAGAGACAUCUCAAAUCUGCCAAGAAAAUCAUUUGACUCCUGGGGACACCUCUGAUUCUCCCAUGGACAAAAUGAGCACAGGUGUGGUGCGACAGAGGCUUCUGCAGAAUCAGGCAUGGAAAGAAUGCAAGGCUGGGUUUGGUCUGCAAAGGGACGAGGAUGACAUUCUUCUGUGUGAUGAUGUGGAGCAAGACGAUACGGACCUGUCACCUGAAGAAAGAAAAUUUUUGCAAGAGUUUCCCAUCAUUAAAAGGGAGAUGGAAGAGGACAUCAGAAAGGCCCAUGCCCUUGCAGACGAAUUCGACAGAAUCCAGGAAACAGUCACCAAGACCAAGGUGGUGACCGGCUCCGUCGCUGUCGCCUCAAGUGUGAUGUCCACCCUGGGUUUACUCCUCGCUCCAGUGACAGCAAGAGGAAGCCUGAUACUUUCUGCUGCUGGUACAGGAUUGGAGACAGUAGCCAGUGCUGCCAGCAUAGUGACCAACAUCACGGAAAAAGAUCACAAUAAAAGAUUCCAAGCUCAGGUCAGCGGCCAAGUGUCCACCCAUGACCAAGAGGUCAGCCAGGCUGUAGACCCGGCAUCCUAUGAUCAGCAUGCCAAUAAAUUAGAAAAGAACUUCAAGGAUAUCAUGAAGAACAUAGAUGCCUUGAUGAUAGCCAAAGACCACCCACGCCUGGCCAACGCUGCCAAGCGUCGCCUGACCUCUGGCCAAGUCUCGUCCCGCAGGGACAAACAGGUGCAAAAAGCCUUUCAGGGUACAACGUUGGCGAUGAAGACAGGUACUCGCUUGAUGAAUACUGCGAUGGCUGGCCUCAGCCUCAGCAAGGAGUUGGGCUCUCUCAUGGUUGACUACAAACAACUGAAAGAGGGAGCAAAGUCAGAGUUGGCCGGAAAGCUGAGGGCCAAUGCCUUGGAACAGGAACAAAAGCUGAGAGAGCUCACCCGGCUUUAUGAGACCCUGAAGAAGAAGGAAGAAAGGCUCGGGAACUCAUUUUCCUUGGGAGCCAUGAGGAGCUCUUCCCAAGCCCUCAGCCAGGCCUGGAGAAGCAGGAUCCUAUGCUGCAGCAAUUGCUGGAUAAGAUCCUUGUUCAUUUGCAUAGAAAAGGAUGUCAUCAGAACCUUCUCCCAGAUUCCAUUAUGAAGGAGAGAGGCCCUGUUGUCCACACAACCCAAGUUCUUGGAAACCCCUCUCAGGACAUCGGAACGUGUAGGAACAUUCUAGGCUUCGCACUUCCGCUAUCUUAAAAACAAGCUUUUUGUUGUUGUUUGUUUGUUUGUUUUGUUUGUAUGUGUUAGCUGCUAUUUUGAAAGUAGUGUAUUGCAUUAAAUACAUUUUUGUUAAAUUCAGGAAAGUAAAAAAUAGAGGAAAGAAACAAUGCACCAACCAGGGUGACCAACUGUUGGUAAUUUGGUGCAGAAUUUCUUUCCUGCGCUUUUCUUGCUUUGGGUGUUCAAGUCUGGAGCCAGAGGAUAAAAAUGGUAUCAUCAGGCAGGGCUCUGUGUUUUCAUUUCUCAGUCAGGCUUCUGCCCCGUGCAGGCAAUAUGUCCCCAACAGCCCUCAGGUGCGCCCCCUUCCAUCUGGAAAGGGGCGGGGCAGAGCCCAGAGACCCACUCUGAUUGGUCAGGACUGGGUCACUUGCCUUCACUUACCCUUUGGUUGCUAGGGAACUAUAUGGUCUGUGGAUGGAGAAAGAAGCUAGAUGACAAACAACAAAUGGUACACUGGAUGUCCCUCCCCUUUUCUGAAACACUUAGAUCAUUUCAAAUUUCUUACUAUACGUAGUGGUAAAAUGACUAUCCGUGUGCCAAAAUCUUGUUGCGUUAUUGUUAGAAUUACUUUCUUAAAAUAAAGUCCUUAAAGUGGGAUGCCUAAAAUAAAGAAUGACCUCAUGAAGAUAAAGUAGGAGUCUUCCCCCUUCCGCGCCUCCCCGCCCACACACACACAUUACAAUAAUAAAACAUAUAGGAAAUUUCGGAAAGGUUUAAAAGUGCAGGGGAAGGUGAACCACUGUUAACAGUUUGAACUACAGCCUGCCAGCCUUCGCUUUAUAAAUCUUAUGAUCUUGGCAUUUUAAACAGUUGUAAUCCCAUGCCUACGCCACUGCGUUUUCAGCUUUUGUUGCCCUCUUUCCUGUUUUAACCUUAAAGU